GAGGUAAUCUCGACAGUGAGAGCGCCCACACCUAUCGCACCGUACAGUCAAGGCGUCAGAGCCGGUGAUUACCUGUUUAUUACGGGACAGAUAUCGACAGACGUGAGCACUCAGGCACCUGUCGUCGGCCCACUCGCUGUCCAAUACGAGACCACUUUGAACAAUGUGUUGUCCGUUACGGAGGCCGCCGGCGGCUCAGCCGAUGAUAUCGUAAAACUGGGAGUAUAUGUCACAGAUGUCCAGCACAUCCAUGUGCUCGACAAAGUGAUCGAGAAGCUAUUUCGCCGCCCAUACCCGGCCCGUCAUGUCGUGCCCGUCAAUAGUAUACCCCGCGGCAGUCAUAUUGAGAUCGAUGCUGUUGUUUAUUUACCGCAAAAUAAAUAG